CAGCUACCGGCGGAGGAAUACGUGGCCUCAAACAGUGACAGAUGCGAGGUAGUGAUGCGGUCGUGGCGGACUAACUUCUGAAGGAGUAUGUAAAUUUGCAUAAUAAACGCUGGGUGAGGUUGUGAGAUAUAAACGAGUGGCGAGUCGUAUGGAUUAAAGGAGCAGUGAUAACGCUACCUCUCGCUUGCCUGUUGUUAAAGGGGACAGUUAACGCUAUCUUGGUUUCAUCCGGAUAUAGUUUAACAUUAAUGGCAGGAACUUGCUCUCUGCUUUUGGACUAGAAAGUUCUCGCUCUCGGCAUAUGCUCCAAACAGUUACAUCUUUUGGAGCAAGUUAAAAACAUAAUAAGACAAGAUGCCAAUCAAAACAACAACAAUCGAUGACCUGAAGAUGGAUGACGAUUUCGAUGAACCUCUCUCUGAUAUAGAUCUCGACCUUGACCUUGAUGAUGACGAUGACCUUGAUGAUGAAAGUGAAGGCGAGGAUCGCCCCGACUCAACAACGGACGACAGAGAUGGAAAGAAGAAAGAAAAGAGUUCGAAAAAGAAAGGGGGAAAGAAAGGCGAUAAAAACUCUGACGAGCCUCGCGUACCCAAGAAACGGGGCCCCAAGAAAAAGCGAAUGACGAAAGCCCGUCAAGCGAAACUGCGCCUGCGCAGGGUGAAAGCUAAUGCACGCGAGAGGAACAGGAUGCACGGGUUGAACUCUGCACUGGAUGACCUCAGAACGCACGUGCCGUGCUACUCCAAAACACAGAAACUUUCCAAAAUUGAAACCCUGCGACUGGCAAGGAACUAUAUUUUCGUUCUGGGGGAUAUUUUGAAGAACGGGGUUCGCCCUGAUAGCGUGACGUUUGCCAAAUCCUUGUCGAAAGGGAUGUCACAGAACACAAUGAAUAUGGUAGCAGGGUGUCUGCAACUCAAUCCAAGAACCCUCCUCCCUGAAACCCCCUACCCCAAACCAUACCAAUUCAUGUACGAAAACGCUAACGAGUUCAGUCCCUCCAUUGGUAGCGACUCUUUCGCUCCGGCUUUCCCAUCCAUCACCGAUCCCGGCAUGCCAUGCGGUCAGCAGCGCCACCUGUCUCCAGCCCAGUUAUCUCCCUUCCAGCACCCUGCGCAUGUCAACGUAACUGUGCCCAACCAAGGAAUGCCCUACAACUCUAUGCACCAAAGAAACAGCCAUCAUGGCGGAAACCGAGAACCAUCCCUCCCUACAGGUACAAUGACACCUUCGAACUACAUGAGGUGCGACAUGACUUCUUGCGAGGCGUACCCAUCCAUUCAACAUCCGGGUCACGGUUACGGGGAAGUGGUUGUGGACAGCACCCAGGAUUGCAGCCAGUAUGUCCUCCCUGAGGACCUCGCGGACUUCCAGCCAGAACCAGUCCUGGAACACGAGUUGGGUGUCAUCAGCUCCACCAGUGGUUUGUUCGACGUCAACGUAUCCGGUUGAUAUCAUGUCAAAGUCACGCCCUCAUCAACCAGUCCCUCCACCGCACACACAUCUUAGUACGUUUGGAUGUAAAAUGUUCUUUAAUUAACAUUAACCCGGCGGUAGUUCUAGCAAUAAUCAGAAACGAACUACGCCGAAACUAUGAAUAAUUAAUGUAAUGCACAUAGACACACAAGUGGAGUGUAUGAAUAUAUUCCUCACUCGUCUCAUUCCGGGACGCAAGGAAUUUUAAAUAGGGUGUAAUUCGUAAACACUCGCACCUUUCCGUAAAUUGUAACGACAGGUCCCGGAAUAACCCGAGUUUUCCCGAAUUGUAAAGUGUGUGUGAUGAUGAUACGUGUCUUUACAUGUGUGACUUGAGUGAUUACUGCUGUUCAAUGCAUUGUAUAAUCAAAGAUGUAUAUUUAACAACCAGUGUAUAUAGAAGUAUCAGGGAGUUUAAACAGAACUCCCUAAAGAUGGCAGGCGAAACAUUUGUUUUGAUUGCUUUAUUCUUCCGGGUUAGGCGGAAACGGCUAACUUUUAUUUAUUUAUUUUUUACGGGUUGUGCAAUAAUUGUGUUGUGUUCUUGUCCCGAGAUAGCUUGUACUAUAUAGCGGUAUUCAUAGUGCAAUAAGGAAUUAUGUGUGGUAUUCUCUGCUGGUGCUGGAUCUCGUUUAGAACAUGUAGAUAUAAUUAUUGCUAGUUAGAUCACCUAGCUGUGCCCCAUCACAAUAUAGAUAUACAGUAACCUACGGUUAUAACGAACUCAAAGGGACUACUAAUUUUAGUUCGUUAUAACCGUAAUUCGUUAUAAGCAUAUAUACAGUAUAACUACAGCAAAUAGUCGGGACUAAAAAGUUAGUUCGUUAUAUCCGUUAGUUCGUUAUAAGCGUGUUCGUUAUAACCGUAGUUUACUGUAUAAUGACCCCUCCGUAAAUAUUGGUAAAACAAUCUGUGUUUUGCACACGUAAAGUUGCAGCAAUACAAAGGUCGGUGUUAUUUACGGGUUACCGUUGUCUAAAACGCUGCGAUUUGCUGUGCAGAGUUGCGUCUCUUGUGUGUGCCAGAAUCUGAUGAUCCUGUGCUCGAAUCCACGAUUAAACCCGGUUAUGUCUCUAGGUUUGUCAGAACCUUACCCCUGCUCGUGGGUUUCUUUCAGUGUUGUAACGUCCAAGACCUGCAUUGCUUCGAGCUUCCACAAUGUGGUAGAGUUGGUAUACUGUUAAAAGUCGUGGUAAACACAACUCACUCACUUACGUUUAUUGAACACACGAUACUUUUGCAAUGUACCCCUUUGACUUAAUAUUACGGCAAUGGCCGCCUCCAUGGUCUAGUGGUAGAGCGUCCGCCCGGGGAUUUGGGGGUUCAGGGAUGUUCGGGGGUUCGAUCCCCGGCCGCGUCAUACCAAAAGGCAUUACAAGAUGGUACUUGUUGUUACCCUGUCUUGAGCUCGGAAUCAAAUGGAUCAAACAAGGACUGGUCGGCUCGGAGUCAG